AUGUCGUUCACCAACACUCCGGUAACUCGGCUGAUCCUGCUGGGCAUCGUAUCAGCAUCAACUCUGGCGAGCCUGCUCGAUAUCAAGCAUUAUUUUUACAUACUGGUCGACACACACGUAUGGCGCUACCGCCAGCUCUGGCGCUUUCUCAUCUAUCAAUUAUGCUACACCAAUUCCACCGAGGUCCUGUUUGGUGUCAUCACUCUUUACCAAUUGCGAAUCGUUGAGCGCAUGUGGGGGUCAAGGAAAUACGCCUCCUUCCUCGUCGUUUCCUACCUCCUCACCUCCAUCGUUCCGCCAUCACUCACCGUCGUUCUGCGCCCUCUUACUGCGGGAUGGUUCAACUACAUCCCCGCGGGACCGACCCCCAUCAUAUUCGCCGUGCUCGCUCAGUACCACGCCAUGAUCCCACACCUAUACAAGUACCGCAUCGCCACGUCCCAGGCGCCACCCACCGACGAGACCUUCUCCGGGGUCACCUUCUCCGACAAGUCGCUCAAGUACGCCAUCGCGGUGCACCUGGCGCUUCUCCAGUGGCCGGGCUCCCUCCUCGGUGCAAUCGUCGGCUGGGUGGUCGGCUACUCGUGGAGGGAGGGCUUGCUGCCCUCAUCGUUUGUGCGGUGGCGAAUGCCCGGUUGGAUGUUGGGGUUGAGGUCGCAACGGCGCAGGAGCGAGUUCGAGGGCUUGCGCAGGAUGUUGGAGGACGAGGGCUCGGCUUCCUCCACCGGCGCAGCGACCGGCGCAGCCCAGGGCCAGUCGGCGAACCAGCCGGAGAGGCGGCGGACGAUGGGGCAGCAGAUUAUGGACCAGUUCCGAGACGUGUUAUAG